AUGGAUAUAUUUGGUGUGUUCGAAGAUUCUGCAGAAAACAAAAAUUUUCAAGAAGAAAGUGUGAGAACGCUACAAAAGACGUUUGGUGAUUUUUCAUUAAAAUCUAGUAGCGACUUUUCUGUUAAGCGUUAUCCUCUUAGAAUUCCAAGUUUUACAUCUAAUAAUGAUGAUCAUCUUUAUGAUUUUGAAACAAAUACUCUUGAAACAAAAAUUUCAAAAAAAGACAUGGUGGAAUUUCAAGAAAAGGUUAGUAAAAUUUUUCUACGUAAUUCUGGGGUGGUUUUGCCUCAGGAAAAAGUUACACCAUCAGAAAUUCAUGCAAAACUCGUCAGGCACAAUGAUGUAAGAUGGGGCGAUACAGUUACUAUUGUUAAUGUUAUUAGCCCACAUUUGAUUUUUGUGCGACGUCCUACUUCAACAUACAAAAAUUUCCAAUUCCAUUUACCAUAUGAUUUAGAAAAAAUUCAAUGGGUUGACGAUGAAACAACAAAUCUUAAUAAUCCAAAAUUCUUAAAUUUAAGAGAUUGUGUUGGUUAUUAUGUUUUAGCACCGUUAAUGGAGGAUGUUUAUGUUAGAGCACGAAUUAUUGAAGUUAAUGAGAAUAGAGAUUUUGUGAAAGUAAUUUAUAUUGAUCAUGGAUCAAUUGCAUGGCUUAAUAAGGCAUCUUUAGCAGUUAUGGAUACAUAUCUUUUCAAAUUCCGUUGGCAGAUCAGACCAAUUGCUUUGAAUAAUAUAUAUCCUUACAAUAAAAAUGUUUCAACAGAUGUUGUAUGGAAUCAUGAACAAAUUGAAGCAGUUAAAGAUGUUUUGUCAAAUUAUUCUUUAUAUAAGUUUUAUCAUUAUGAGAGAUUAAAAAGAUUAUAUGCUGCAGACAUUGUUACUGUUGAAUUAUUUCAAAAUGAUGGUGAUACUAUAUCUUCAAGUAUAAAUGAAAUUUUAAUUCACAAAUAUAACCAUUUAUUUUACAAAAUUGAUACUCAUUAUAAUCCAAUUUCUAAUGUUCUAAUUGACAUUUCACAUAAUUGUGAUGAAAAAUUAGAUAUUAGUAGUAUGCCUUUAUGGAAAUUAAAUUUUCCUCCUCCUGAAAAAAUAAGUAGACUAUCAAAUAAUUAUACAUUCAUAAGAGAUGAUGGAAUAAGCGGAUUUACUCCUGAUUUUUGGACAGUAAAAAAAUUGAAAGACAACAAUUAUUUUAUAAAUGAUGAUUGUCUUAUUGUAUUUUUGCAAUCUCCAAUGAACGAUUCUCACCCAUUAAGAUUAGGAGGAUAUUUAAUUUCUUCUGAUAAAAUAAGUCAAUUAAGAGAAAAAGCUAUAAAAGAAGGAGAAAAUAGUUUGGAAAAAAUAAAAAUUAGACGUUUAUUAUCAGAAUUAUGCCAUGAAACAAGAAAAAAUAUAUUUGAAAAAUUAAGAAAAUACGGUGAACAAUACAAUGAUCAAUGUAAAGAUGCUUCUAUUACAUUAGAUGAUUUACUUACAGAAUGGGAAAAUGAUAGACCAUUUUAUAUUGUUACAGAACGACUGGUAAAAGAUGAUGAGUAUAUGUUUUUUAGAGCAGAAGUAACAGGUUUCUAUCAUCAAAUAAAUUAUUCUUUAUUAAGAAUUCGUUAUCUGGAUUUUAAUGGAUCCGGUGUAUGUUGUAUGCAUGAGGCAUAUAAACUUUCAAAAUAUCUUGCUGAUGAUAUGCCUUUUAAUAUUGGUUUUUACUGUGAAGAUAUUAUAGUUAAAAAUGAAAAUAUUACUGAAGAUAAUGGAGAUUUUAGAGAAUUAGUAAAUAACAUUAAUGAAAAAUUGCCUUUUGGUGAACCUAUUUUGAUAAAACUUAAUUUGAAUGAUAACAAAGAAGAUUAUCCAAAUAAAAAUAUUUUUUCAAAUUUUCCUAUGAUUAUUGAUUCUAUGUUCCAGACUGAUUUCAAGAUUAGAGGAAUGUGGAAAAUAAAUUAUUUAGAUGAAAAUGGAAUUUUUGCAACAGAACCAAUAAAGUUUAAUAAUAUUUCUCAAAAGUAUAAUGAAUGUUUUAAAGAGAAAAAAUCAUUAAACAUAAAUACUGUACUUGACUUCUAUACAAGGGAAAAUUUUAAUAAAUUUAAACGUAAUGAUUAUAAAAUUAUAUUAAUCAAAUUUUAUACCAAUAUAUAA